UAAUAAAAUAAGCAACACCGACAAAACACAGAAGAUUCGAAGGAAGUCUGCCAUGGAGCACCAACCCUUAUACACCUAUUACGAGGGCUAUCCUAUCUACCUCUAUACUACGACCCUUAGUCACCAGAGACAUCUCGGCUUCAAGAAGCCCAUCGAUGUAUUCAGCCACUGGGCAGUAUACAUUAACAAUCAAUGCUACGAGCUAAAGAAAGACAAUGAUCAAGCCAAGAAAAGAAAAGACAGGAAGUACUUCAUCAGAUCCUUACCUGCGCACGAGUGGUUACAGAUGAAACAUGACAAGGAACACAAUCGGCCAUAUGAAAAAGUAGGGCCUAUUGGUUACACAGCUAGACCAUGGUCUAUCGAGACUAUCAACCACAUCGCCAACCGAGUUUGGGAGAAGCCGUUACAAAGCAAGUAUGUAUACGACGAGAAUAACUGCCAAGUUUUCAUCCGUCUUCUCGUCGACCUCAUUGGGAACAAACAAACCCAGGCCGAAUUUCCUGGCUUCUUCGACCAAUAUGUUAAAAGAGCGGGCACCACUCGAGAUUCUGUCUUCUUGCUCGGCACCGCGGCCGCAGCCACCGUGGCGGCCACCGUGACUUUCAUGGCCGCCCCGGUGGACCCGACCGGAACUGCUGCUGCGGGCUUCGCGUUAUCAGCUGGGAUGGUUCUUAGGUCAAGCACAGCUCUGUGGUCUGAUAGAAUCAUCAAGGACAAGUACAUUAAGGAGGCUCAGGAAGAGCUAAGGGAGGAACUAAGACGGAACGGCAUUCUUCCUCAUUAACUAGAUAUUACCCGAUCAAGAUGGUUAUUUGACUAUUGACCCCUUUUUAAUUCUCAUGGAGGUCUUUUCGAGGGUGACGAAGACCUCGAUACCGCACUCGAGAUCGAUAGAAUUUUCGAUCAAGAUUUAGUUUUCUCUAUGUUUU